AUGCUUCAACAACCAACAAUGAUCAUCCUGGCAUCAGACCAGUCAACAACCCACCGGAUCAACCGCGGAAACAGGGAUCAUCCUGGCAACAACCCACAUCAGGGCGGAUCGACCGUGGAACCCCUCGACAACAACGAUGAUCCUAGCAACUACCAAGGCCAACCCGUAGAUAAUAAAUUCGACCAUCAAUGCCUGCAGCAUCCAGCUCACUCCUGCAGUUUCCAGCUCACUCCUGCAGCUCCCAGCACCUCCACCUGCACAUACUGUGGAAGGUGGGGACACUUCACCUCUGUCUGUUUCAGAAGAUUAAACGAUGGAAACAGACAACGGGAAACAAAUCGUCCCCCACGAACACAGACCAAUCGAUGCUCAGUGAACCGCAUUGAAAACGACCAACGGAACCCACAUAGCAGUGGUAGUGAUACAGAAUACGUGUUCCACACAGGCAGACUUCAAACAUUUGAGACCAGCACCCCACCUCCAACCCACAAAAAUGGUAAUAUCUGGGUUUGGUGUAAAGGAAACCACCCCAGCCCUAGGCCGAUUCAACAUACGUCUAGAAUUCAUGGACACCACUUGCCAGGCCGACAUACAUGUGAUAAAGAGUCCAGAAAAGCCCAUCAUUGGCUGGGAGACAUGCAAUGGCUAGGACUGUUAUCCGCACACAAACUCUCCAUCAACCAUAUCAGUGACUCUGACACACAGAUCCCUCCCUCCACCCUUAAACUUCUGGACGACCAUGCAGACCUCUUCAAUGGCCUAGGUAAACUCAAAGGGAAAAAGGUUCACCUACACAUAGAUGAAACCAUACCACCUGUUGCCCAGAGAUACCGCAGAAUCCCCUUCCACGUAAGGAAAGACGUGGAGGAACAAAUAUACAAAGAUGAGAAACUAGGGGUUAUUGAAAAAGCAGAAGGGCCAACCCCAUGGGUAUCUCCCAUCGUGGUCGUACCGAAAAGGGACCAAAACAAAAUCAGAGUGUGCAUUGAUAUGAAAGCAGCAAAAAAGGCCAUUAAAAGGAAACGGCGCCCAACCCCCACACUAGAUGAACUGAAAACCAUUCUAUCAGGAGCUAAUAUCUUCAGCAAAUUAGACCUCAAUCAAGGUUUCAACCAAUUGGGACUAGCUGAAGAGUUCCGUUACAUAACAACCUUUGCGACACACCUCGGCCUAUACAGAUACAAAAGGCUAUUCUUUAGUGUCAAUUCCGCCAGUGAGAUAUUCCAGGAAGAAAUCAGUCAAGCACUUGCAGGGAUUAAUGGAGCCAUCAACAUCAGUGAUGACAUCCUCUGUUUUGGAUCAGACCAGCAGGACCACGACCAAAACCUUCAUGCAAUAUUCCAGCGAAUUCGUGAAAAAGGUCUCACCCUCAAUGGCAGCAAAUGUGAGUACAACAAAAGGUCACUGGAAUUCCUCGGACACACUUUUGGCAACAAAGGCAUUAGCCCAAGCAGCCUCAAAAUAAAAACUAUCCUUGGGCUACCCAACCCUAAAAAUGCAUCAGAAGUCAGAAGCUUGUUGGGGAUGACUAACUUCUGUGGUGCACCAUUCAUUCCAAACUACGCGACCCUGACUCACGACCUACGUCAACUAACAAAAAAAAAAACACUCAGUGGUCCUGGACUGAAUGCCACAGUGAAUGCUUAA